AUGCCCGUUCCAAGCUACGGUGCUCUCCCGCUCAGCGAGACCUUUCUCUGCAUCAGAGGAUUGAGUCUGGUUGCAAUGGUCGGCAUCGUCGGUUUGACUGCAAACUUCGUGGCCGCAAUCAACAGUGUGGGCAUUGAGCCUCCAAGAGAAAUUGUCGGAACUUUGAGUAUCACCUGCAUCGCAACGCUGUACACUCUGAUCAGCGUCCCAUUCUAUAUGGCUCAAGCAAACUUGGGCUUGUUUAUCAUGACUGGUAUUGACAGUCUUCUUCUCCUUGCCUUCGUCAUUGUUUCAGUCACUCUCGGCAAACCACUUAGUCUGCUGAACUGUUUUGCCAUUGCCACUGCAGACAGCAAGAUCGAUGCCGCAGGCGCUGCUUCCUGGCUGCAAAGUCUGGUGCAGAAUGUCAAGCAAGGUGGCAGUAUCGGUCUGUAUGUCUGGGCUGGCUCCACUAAACUCAAUUGUCUCGAGACCAAGGCAAUCUGGGGAUUGUGCAUUGCACUUUGCAUUCUUUUCUCAUGCUCAUGCAUCUUGCUGCCAACUUUGUGGUUCAAGAGCAAGAGAGCUGGUCUGCUUCCUAAGAAGAUCGAAGCUGCUUGA